AUGUUUCACAUCUACCGCACGACGGUAUUUCGCACAAAAAGAACAGUUGACUUUGGACUCAUUCGGAGGAUACUUCCACCGGCCGCUGGCCGAACACCGCACAGUACCCUUCCGUCCGCACGGCCGGUGCGGCAUUGCAGUGCCAACGUUCGGCGAACGUUCGACACGAUGCUCAGUGGGCGCCGGGAUGAGGCGAGACGCAGCAUUCUGGUCCAAGUGAGCUCCGAGCGAUCGUACGACGAGCUGCACCGGUACUGUUCACAGUUUGGCGAGAUCACCACCUCACACCACUAUCGGGUCGAUGGGGACAGUGAUGGUGAUCUGCACUACAUUUUGCUAGAAUUUGCCAACGCAGCCGAAGCCGAUGCCGCCGUGCGGUCGGGAGUGUUCAGUACCGAACGGCCCGGUGUUCGCGCUCGGUCCCUGUUUCUUUGGUUCCGCACCGGGCCUAAGCCUCGGCUGGUGGCCGGACCGGAAUCAUCGCCGACCAAACCGGUCCUAGCACUCGUCGACGGAACGCGGUCGAUUGAUGAGCAGGAACUGAAUGGAUUGCUAGCGGCCGCCCUGUCCGUCGACGAUCAGGUGUCGAUCUUGCACCGCGUCACGAAGCUAAACGAACUGGGCAAACGGUUACGCUUCCUAGCGGUGCGGCAGCUUGAAUCGUCGAUCCAAGGAAUGUUCCCGCAGGCCCUAGCCCACCCGUUCGGAUCGUCCGUCAACGGGUACGGUCGAAUGGGGUGCGAUUUGGAUGUGAUCCUGGAUUUGGACUCGCGCUCCGGGGAACCACCGGAUCGGAACUCGCGGCUCGUCUUUCACACCAAAGCAACCAACCCGAACGAACGGACACAGGUGCAGCGGCAACUGGAGUCGAUCGGUGACGUGCUGCAACUGUUUCUGCCCGGUGUCCACAGUGUCCGGCGAAUUCUGAAGGCACGCGUCCCGAUCGUCAAGUAUCACCACGAGCAUCUUGAUCUCGAAAUCGAUCUCACCAUGAACAAUACGGCCGGCGUGUACAUGUCGGAGUUGCUGUAUCUCUUCGGCGAGCUGGAUGAUCGUGUGCGGCCUCUAACGUUUGCCGUUCGGCGCUGGGCACAGGCCGUUGGGCUGACCAACCACACGCCCGGUUAUUGGAUCACCAACUUUUCUCUCACCAUGCUGGUCAUGUUCUUUCUGCAGCAACUCCAUGUGCCCGUGCUGCCCUCGAUCAAUCGGCUCGUGCAGCUGAGUGCGCAGACCGCGCAACCAGAGCCCGUACCCGUCGCGCGGUUCGGCCACGAUGAGGAAACCGAAUGGGCGCACACGUUCCUCAAGAGCGCCACGAUCUACGAUGCGUUCCGGAGCCACAACACCUCCACACUGGAGCAGCUUUUGCAGCAGUUCUUCGAGUUUUACUCGCAGUUUGAUUUCAAUCAGCGCGCGAUCAGUCUCAACCUUGGCGCCACGAUCCUGAAGCCCGAUCACAGCCCGCUCUACAUCGUGAACCCGCUCGAAACGGUGCUGAACGUCAGCAAAAACGUGAACCUCGAGGAAACGGAACUGUUCCGAAUGCAGGUACGCAACGCCGUCUGGUUGCUGGAGUCACACGGAAAGGACACGGCCACCGAGGGCACCGCCGAACCGUGGGGACUGGUCAGUCUGUUCGGUUCGAAGCAACAGGACCGCAUCACCCCGCAAAUGUUCUUCACCAAGCGCAUGCUGAACGUGAAGGACAUCUUCGACGCGGUGCCGGCGGACGAGCAGAAGGAUCUGGCCGCGCGUCAGCUGCAAAACCCGGUCGUGAAAAGCCAAAUCGCUGCCAUACAGCGGGCGACAAAGUUGGAGAUUGGCAAGCUGCAAAAUGCAGCGGCGGCCGUGCGGAAUCAUGGCCCCGCCGGCAGCUCGCUGCCCCGGGGAGCCACGAUCGAGGGAACGGGCGUAAAGCUGAAGCGGAACACGAAGCGUCACCGGUGAGGAAGGUGCGCA